AACAACGUAUCAAACGAUAACACUUUUUGACCGUGUGCAUGCGCGUGCGUGUGUACUCUUUUAGUUCACCGUUUCAGUCUCGGCGUCUAGCGUACAAAUAAGAAAUUUAUUUGUCAUCGACUACGUAUCGUGUUAUUCGUAUUCCCUUCGCCUACAUUUAUAGUAAUAACAUUGUUAAGUGUUAUAGUUCUAUACAAUUUUAAAGUUCUAUAUUAAAAAAUCGUUUAUUGUCGCGCGUCAUCAGUUAUUGACCUGUAUUCCUGUAUACCGUAAGAAUAAUGUCUUUCUUUAUAAUUAUGAAAUAAUUGUAUUAUUAUCAGUAUUUCCGAGACGAGCAAUUGUCUGGCCUUUUUAUUAUCUCGUGAGCUGAUAUUUUAUUAGGUACCUAAUACUAAACUAAUAAUAAUAUUAUUAUUAUUAUUAUUGUAGAAAUCAUUUAUUAUUAUUUUUAUCCCCACCUCUCCGCCGUUCAUGGAUUAUCUAUCGCCCCGUGUCAAUCUGUUUUUUUUUCUGCAGUGAUAAUAAACAAACACGGUACUCGGUGGCAGGCGGCAGUACUGUAGUAACCACUAACCGUUUGUAAUUGGGUUAUUUCGUAUAACUGUUUUCUUUUCAUCUUAUAGGUAUACCACAUUUAGUGUUUUAUUUUUAAUUUUAAUUUUUUGGCACGACCGUGAUUCCUGUCAACGUAUCCAGAGAUCGCCAUGGCUAUGGAAGGAGAAGAACCUAUUUCAGACCAGGAAAAGGUAUGAUUUUCUUAACAUAAAAACAUGUAUAAUGUACUUCAUAUUGUAAUGUAUUCAUAUUAUUUAUAUAAUAUAAUAAUAAUAUAAGUCUUUGGUUGUUAAUGAAGAAGUUAAUUUACAUCUUUAUAUUACCAUUACACAGUAGAUCAGUUAAAGUUGAUACCCAUUUUAUUUAUUUAGUACUUACUCAACCUUUAAGAGUAGGUACAUACAUUUUUAAUGGAAAAUGUAUACAAUUCAUGGCUGUCUUGUCCGUCCUACCUACUUCUACUGUUACUAGCUGCUACUGCUAUAUUCUUUAUUUCAAAUAUUUAAUAGUAGUUUACAUAAAUGAAGCUGGAAAUUAAAUAGAUUGUUUAAUUUGGCCGUUUUCAUUGGAUCAAUCGCUUAGUUGGCUCUCUUAGAACUGGUAAUCAGCUAAAUACGACACGGUAUCAACCAACAAGGGAAAAAAUUUCAAAUGUAUUUUACUUAAAAAUUACAAAUAUUAGUAGCUAAUUACAGGCUACUGAUCCCCGAUGAAAUAACUUCCGUUGUACAUUCCAAAAAUGCUCCUGGUUUUUUUUUUUUUUUGGAGGAAGGCUAAAUAUAUUGUUUUUAAAUAGUAAUAGUAUUUAAACAAACACGUGAAGAAUAUUUAAGUGAGAAAAGAGAUACACCUAACCUAACUUAUCGUUUUUUUUUCUUAAUCUUAAUUUUCAGUGCUUUUUCUAAAUUCCUUAGAAUUAUGUAUUUGAUUAGGUUAUUGCAAUGAAUAUAGGGUUAGAAAAUUAAUGUAUUAUAAUGAGUUUAUUAAAUGUAUUAGAAUAAUUAUUAAAUUGUUUAAAAGAUUAAUUUAUGAACCAUUUAUCCGAAUGGAUUUACAAAAUUUUUUUCUUACCACAAAUAUACUUACUGACUAGAUAAGAACUUAUCAUUAUCCUAAUUUAACCAAUGAGAAAUAUAAUAAUACAUAUUGACCUAUACACUUUUGUGUUAAUGAUUUUAUAUUAAAAUAUUAAAAUGUAGGCUUUUUUAAUUAAAAUACAUUUUUUUUUUUUAUUAUGAAAAUUAUACAUUCCCAGCCAUACAAAUAUUAGCAAUGUAUUUAAUUGUUAACUUUUUAAACAUGAUGAAUUAUGUAGUUACAGUGAUGAGUAGCUACAUUGUAAGUUUAUAUUAAAAGUAUACAUAGGACGGUUUGACAGUGAUAGUCGAUAACAAUAAUAACAAAAUUAAUACUUAAUAUAAUAAAGUAGUGAUUAGUACUAAUCCACAAAAGAUGUUUUUAAUAAAUAAGAUGAUAAUAGUAAUAAUAAAAAAUUUUUAUUUGUACAAUUUGCUGGUUUGUAUGAAUUAAAUUUAAAAGUCGUGAGGACAACCACGUUUCUAUGGACGCUAUGGUGGUUGUCAAAUAAAAAAAGUAUUAACGUUAAUUUUAAUUCAAAACUUAUUUUAUUAUUUUUAAUUUUUUAAGAAAAAAAAAAAUUAAUAUAUUUUAUUAUUAUAACAAAAGAUACUUGAAAUUGUUUAUGUUAAUUUUAAAAAUAGUAUUUGAAAUGUUCUGGAGAUUUUAUUUAAAUUAUGCUAAAAUUCUACACUUUAUUUUAAUAUGGAAAGAUACUUAGGAGGUAGACAAUACUUAUAAAUACAAAUAUUUUUUUUUAGAAUAUUGUUAAAUAUUUUUUUUUUAUUUAAUAGUUAUUUUUAUCAAUCAAGUAGGUAUCACAAAUAAAAUAUUUUUAUGUUUAUAGGUUAGAAUAGUUUCUGAUUUCAUUCUUCAUUCACCACCAGGCGAAUUUAAUGAGGUGUUCAAUGGUAAAAAACUAUAGUUUAUUUUAAACUAUGAUUCAUUAUAAUAUUGUUUAUUUAUUUUUUAUAUAAGAUGUCCGAGGAUUGGUGAAUAAUGACACGUUUCUUAAAGAACGUACAUGUUGGUAAGUUAACACUAUUGUAUUAGGUAUUUACCUAAUAGGUAGGUAUCUUAAAUAAAUAUUUGAUUUGAUUUUAAUUAUGUUGUUCAUUUUAGGGCAUUUGCGUUGUACAAUAAAGAACAAACGUUACCUAUUAAGAUAGAAAACAGUGAAUAUCCAGUUCUAAUUACUAAAUUUAAUGACUUGGGAUCAAAUAGAUUUUUCGAUCCCAGAUCAAAGCAAUCUUUUAAGUUUGAUCACUUAAGAAAAGAGCCAUCUAACUAUGAGGCAAGUAUAAUAAAUUAAUUGAUUAAUUUAUUCAAAGUUUGUAUAGAGAAAUAAUUAAAAAUAAAAAAAAUAGAUCAGACUACUUAAAGUAUGGCUAAAAAUACAGGUAUUAGUAAGAUAACACUGCACCUAAAAUAUGGCCAUCACUGUUGUAGAUCUUAGAAUAAAUAAUAUUAUUACCAAUUUUUUUCAUUGUUAUUGUGUCUUGACAGUUGUCGAAUUGAUAUUAGAUGCAAUAUAGCUGACACUGACAUAAUAUGCAUAGAGAUAGUGUAAUUUGGUUAUCUUGCUAACAUUCGUGUAUUUUUCACCAUGACUUAUAGUUUGUCAUAUUUACACAUUGUACACAUCAGUGGUUUAACACUUGAUAAGGGUAGUAUUCAGAUUUGUUAUUUAGAGUAGACAAAAAUGUAUAAGAUGUUGGUUAGAAUAUAAAGUAAACAUUUAUGUAUAAAUUAGUGAUUACGUGAAAUCUUCCUAUAUUAGAUACUCUCAGUUCUAAUAAAAUCAUGUGUUCUUUAAUUAUGUAGGCGCCCAUUGUAUAAAGGGUUUAGUGUUUAAAUUAUUAGAAAUUAAGAAAAUUAGAAUUGUAUACUAAGUUUUAGUUGAAUCGUUUAACCUUUAUUCUCCAAUUGUGCUUUGUAAACAUGUUUUAAUUCUUUUGAGUGUUGAAAAAUAUCUUUCGGCUUCAGAUGAUGUCAUAGGAAUUGUUAUUAAUAUUUUUAACAAUGUAAAAACUUCGUUAAAAAUUCCAUUCAUAUCAUUUUUUGUUAUAUAUUUAAGCAUAAUUAUUACUCCAUUCAAAGUUUGAAAGUCAUUGCGAGAAUAUAAAACUUCAAGCUCAGUUUUUAACCUUUUUGUAUAGAAGAACGGGUAGCAUUUAAUUGUAGAUUCAAAAUAUUUAAGUGAAAAUAUUUUAGAAAAUUCCAAAUAUCUUUCAGCUUUAAAUAAGUUAGCAGCUGUUAAAUGUUCGGUAAAUUCUAAAGGAUCCUUAGCUUUGACAAUUAAUAUAUCACAGGCUUCAAGCACUGAACUUUUUAGAAAUAUAUUAAUAUCCUUAUCUAAUUGCAAACAUGGUUUAUUAUUAUUUAUAUUGGGCAUAUUCGAAGUUUAACGAUAAAUAUCUGUUACAUUAUUUCAAAUUUUGGUUAUUUAUUUUAUACAUUUUUCAACUGAACUAUUAAUUUGUACUGAGUGAGUAUUUAAAGCUUGAACAUUAUUAUAUAAAUAGUCUAUAUGUGGCAUUAUUUUAUGAAAAAUAGUUUGUGAGAAAAAAAAUACUGAGUGGCUUAACAAACAUUUUAUUGAUCCUGCCUAAUUAAUUAUUAAUGUUUGUUGGGAUAAUUCUAUUAAUUCGUUCAUGUACUCCAUUAUUUCAUUUUUAUACUCAUAAACAGUAUUAACAGAACAAAUAUUAAAAUUCCAUCUAGUUUGUACAUCCCAUGGUAACCAACCAUGGAACACCAACUAAUUUGUCUAAUACUGCUACUCUUUGUGGUGAAUUCGAAAAAAAAAAACCCCGGUAUUUCUGAUAAAUUUGAAAAAAGUAUCCUAACUUCUUUGUUUUGAGAACAAGAUUGAGUCAUAAUUAAGUUUAAUUGAGGUACAUAACAUUGAAUGUAAUGAAUGGGUAAAAUUCCUUUACUCUAACGUUUACGCCACUUUUCUUCUAUUCAUUACUGCCGCCCCAUCAUACGAUUGCGCUAUUAGUUUGUUUAGCGUAUUUUUUAAAAUAGGAUUUAUUUCAGAUAAUAUUGUUGAUAUUAAUGAUUUUGCAUUGUGGCCAUCAGCAUUUGAAAACCCCAGAAUCAUUUUCCCGGUUGACCUUUUAUUUCAUAGUAAAAUGCUGCUAAUUGUUAAUAUUAUAUUAUAAUUAUAUAUUGUUAAUAUAUAAUUAACUAUUAUAGAAACAAAUUGCGCAGUUUUUAUUUUAAGUAAAUCGUUUUUUAUUAUUUUAGAAGUCCUUUAACACUUUCGAAUUUUCAAAAUGACUACUUAAGUUUAUAUCCAAAUAUUUGCAUAACUCAACUACACCUAGAAAAACGCCUUUAUUAUUAGUAUUUAUUUUUCAUUGUGACCUCUUAGUGGUAAAUUAUGUUUUCUAAAGUUUAGAAAUUUGUCUAAAAUCUAAUGAAUUUUUGAUUAUGAUGUUGUAUUACAACUUUGUAACCAGAGUUCAUUUUAUCCAAAAUAUUAAUGGUAGCAAGUACCCUAAGAUUAGCUUUAUUUUUUAAAUGAAUAAAUGAAUUCCCGUUGUUUUAAAUUUUUUUUUGAUAAAUGACCCAAAUGAGUUACUCCUGUUUUAGUCUAAGAAAUGUUACCACCAAAACCUAUGCAAGGAAUACAAAAAAGGGCAAGUUUUAUGUCACAGCCACAUAAUCAUUUGUGUUUUGCAUAAUAAUCUAUAUUAAAGUGACUAGUGUAUUCACUUUUACCUUUUUUUUUGCUCUAUUGAUCAAUCCUUUUUGGGCAUUGGUCUUUCAAGUUGUUUAAUUUCAAUUUUUUGCUCAUUUGUAAAUUAACAAAAAAAGUUUGUCAUUAAAUUUAAAACUGAAUUUGUAUCCAUAAUAUUAUAGUCAUACACUCAUAUAAUAAUAAAAAUAAUACAAUUUAUUGUAUAAAUAUUUAAUUAAUUAUAUAAUACACAUUAUAAACUCACAAACAGUGAAAUAUACUUUAAAUUUUAAAUUAUUAUGUAUAGUCCGCAUGUAUGUCAGGUGAUUAUUCUGACAGCCGAAUUAUUGCUGAAUUCCCCCUCCUUUGUUUUUGUAUUUUAAUCAUAUUUUUCAUUUUAAACAUAAGUUUAUGACGGGCGAUUGUCAGCAUCGCUGACAAUUUUGCAUUUUUUUAGGCUUAAUCACAUCUUCUAAUUGGUUAUUAUUAUUCUGAUUAAUUUAUUAUUUACUGUAAACUUCUUUUCUCCGAACUUUAAAAAAUUAUUCAAAAUCAUGAUAAAAAUAAAAAGUUGAUUUUCUGAAGAAUAAACACUAUACAAUUUAUCUUAAAAUUUUUAAAACUAUAAACUAAACAUUUUUUUUUUUUAAGUUACCAAAACAAAAAAUUAAUUAGAAUAUAAAUAUUUGUAGUCCUUAUCCCUAUUAUAAUCUAUGAUUAUCUUUAUUUUCAAAUGUAUUACAAUGGGUAUACUUUCAUGGGACACUCAGUAUAAUGAUGUUUCUGUUUAAAAUAGAAUAAUAAAAUAUAUUAUUUUGUCUUUAUUGACCAUGCCAUACAAUUUUAUCAUUUUCAGAAAUAUAAAAGUAAUGGGACAUAUAAUUUGUUGGUUUUCUUCAUUUCACUGUUAAAUUGUUGUCUGUUAUCAUGUCUGUUAGAAAUAUUGUUUUCCACUUCCAUUAUUAACAGAUUGAAGUACAUUUAAAUAAUUAUCUUUUUGUUAGGACCUUAUUAUUUGUCUAUGAAGAGAGGUAUCUAUUAUAUACAGGUGCUGAUUAAUAUAAGUUCUAAUAUAUUUGGAAUUAAUAAAAUUAAACAGAUCAGUGAAAAUAAUUUUAACAAUACAAUAAUAAAAUUGGAUAAGGAACUUCUUGUGUUUAUAUGCCAUAUAGGCGAGUUUAUAAAUUUCAUAUUCUAAAAUAGUUAUCAUCAAAGUAAAUAAAUUUAAUCCAUUUCUUAUGUAAAGCCCUUUUAGUUAUUGUGCUGUCUCUAUAAUACUAGCUAGUUUUAAAUAUUGUGUGUAAUCUGGUGUACUAGAACUUGUAUUAUAUUCAAUUCACACCAUAAUGUAUGUAUACUAUAAAAGGUACUAAAAAUUAGCAGCAAAAAUAAGAAUGAUGAUAAGAAAACAUCUAUAUUCUGUACACCAUUAUAUUAUAUUAUAUUUUUCUAUGCUAUAUUUUUCUCAUAAAAUGCAAAAAACUGAAAAAAAAAAACUGGAAUAUUUACAUAAUUUAUUACUGAAAUAUUACUAUUUUUUUUUCUGUGCACAUUUUUAUGCACAAUAAUUUUGCUCUAACUUUUAAUGAUAUUAAAUUUCUAAAAGGAAAUUUCAAUAAGAAUGUACUUUACAGAGGUUAUUUUUUAAUUUUCUCUGAAAUGUUCUUAGCAAAUGUAAAAACGGGAUAAAACAUGGGAAAACUGGUAAAACGUAAAGAAAAACUGAAAAAAUCAGUACAUUAUUAAUAAAUUAAUAUUAUUAAAGAAAAUGUAUAGUCCAUUUAAUUAUUUUACUAUAAAAUAUUGUUGACUAAGCAUCACUAUCAACUGAACUUCGCUCAGAAUCGCUUUUUCGUAAGCAAUGGCUUACAGGUAUACAUUAAAUUUCCUUUUUACUAAUUUACCAAUUUCUCGCUUAUAACUAAAAACUGGAUUCCUAUGUUCUUAAAGUCCACAAACAAUCAUUAAAACAUAGAAAUAACGGAUCUCGACCAGGGGAGGAAUGGUUUUGUGGUGGCUGUCACAGGAGUGACAUUGUGGUUAUGGGUCAUAUGCUGACUUCAGGAAAGCUCAGGGUUGUAGACUGGGGUAUUUCCCCCUGGUGCCUACUUGGUCUCUACUUUACACUGAAGGUUGUCUGUGAAUAAAAACAGAAAGCAGCGAGAGUCAAACUAAUAGCAAAGAAUGGAAAGCGCUUUGCUCUGAUCCAAACAGUAAGUGGGGCUUAGUCAUUUCAAAGUUUCGCGAUAUAUAUGAUUCUUAGAAGACACAUGAGCUCGCCAGCAUGGUUUUAUUUAUUUUUAACUAUUCUACAUUUCAUUCAUUAUCCUGUUAUUCCUGCAUUUAUUUUUUCAGUUUCUCACAUUUGUUGAGAAAAUUCCUUGGAAAAUCGAAAAAUGACCAAUUUUAAAAUAUCUUUUCAGUCAGAUUUCCUUUUAGAAAAAGUGUUAUUGUAAAUCGGAGUGAAAUUACUUGGAGAAAAGUUGUUUACAGUUAAAAAAGAAAAACUUCUUUGUAAAACCAUAAGCUUUUUUGCUCUACUCAGAAUCUAAAAUAAACAACUGAUAUUGGGGAUGAGUGCAGCCACUGUUGUAGGUGUGGAGUGGGAAGGGUGGAAUCAUAAAGUUAUUUAAUUUAUACCUGCAACCAAUCUCCUAUUUAAUUUUUAAACAUUUUUGAUUAGUUUAACAAUUUAUCCAGAGUACCUACCUAUAAAAGAUAUGUAAAAAACUGGAAAGUUUUACCAUGUUCAGAAAAAGUAGAUAUAAGUUUUCUGCUUACAUUUUAAGUUUUUAUGAAUACAUUAAAUUAAAUUACAUUAAAAAAACCUAAAUUUAAGAUAAUAAAAGAAUUAUUGUCAUACAUUUUCCUGUACUUUCUACAUUUUUUUUUUCGGUUUUGCUCAAUUAUUAAAAAAAAAUUCAAAAAAUGAACUCCUUAAAGUAUUUUUCCCAUCAGUCUUUAAGAAGUUCUAUCAUUGUAAAUCGAAACAAAAUUGCUGUUAGAAAAUUUGUCCACUGAACAAAAAAAAAAAUUAUCAUCUGUAAAACUAUAACCUUUUUUGUUCCACUCAGAAUGUAAAAUUCAAAUCAUUUAAUAAAGAAUAAGACUUAAAUGUUUUACUAAAUUAUAUAAUUGAACUAUAUGCAAAGGUAGGUACAUAGAAAAACAUACUAUACUUCAAUCUAUAUCUUAAUAUAUAUUUCAUAUUAUUGCAUUUGAAUUACAUUAGAUUAUUUAUGUUAUAUAUUACUAUUAUUAACUAUUAAGAAUAUAUUUUCUCUACUAUUGAUCCUUCUUAAGAUGUAGAAAAAUUUGCAGAUGAUUUUUUACAAAGAUCUCUAAAAAUAUUAUAUAUUGUAACUUAGAAAAUUGCUUUGAAUUUUAUACAAAUAUUAACGAUGGAAUAAGUUUUGAUUGCCUUGUGGGAGGGGAAGGAGUGGUGACCUUAGAUUGUUUAAGACCUUUUACAUUUUGAGGUAGAGAUCCCAUUUUAUAUUUGGCUUUAGGGCGCCCAAGUGUCUAAUUGUGACAUUGCCGCUAGCCUUAUCAGAUACAACAUAAUUUUAAUCAAUAAAUUUAAAAAAAUAAAAAUAAAUACAUGGUAAAAAAGUGGAUCAAGGUUGAGUAAGGAUCAUUUUUGGUGGCAUUAUAAUUUGUUACGUAAUUAAUUAAGUAAAUGAAUGGUGUUUAAUUUAAUUUUGUUUAUUAUAUUGUUUGAUGUUUAUUGUUUAUAUUUGGGAUAACAUUGUAUAUUGAUAAAUUUUCUGUAUUCUGAUUGUUUUCAAAUAUUUCUAUGCUGGUAACUGGUGUGGAAAAUUGGACAUGUUCUAUUAUCAAAACUUGUAUACUAGCUAGCGUAAUUACUGUAACCAUUAUACUAUCACUAUUUUUACAGGGACCUAAAAACUAGUAUUGUAGCUAUAUUGUAGCUAGAGAUAGCACAAUAAGUAGUAUUGUGUAAAAUAGGUUCUUUGUUUUAAAAAAAAAAAAAACUGUUCUACACAAUCUGUGGUUAUUCAUAUACUAUUUUCAUUGAUUCCAUGUAACUUUUUUGUUAUUGAGUAUUAACCAAUUAUGUCCUUGAAUACCCAUUUAGUAACUUUUAUAUAGUAACUAAAAUUUUUAGCACAAAAUAUUUGAUCAUAAUUUCAAAUGCUGACCACCUUCUAUCCAGGUCUUACUAUAUAGUAACAUUAAGUACCCCAUUAUUGGGUUGAAAAAUAAAAAAAAUAAUUUCAACUUUUUUUUGUUGAAAAAUAAAUUUUAAUCAUAAUUAUAAAAAAAAUUAGAAUUAAAAAAAACUUCGGACUUAAUAGGAUAAAAGUUGUGCCUCUCUACUAUAUGAUAACCAAAAAGCUUUAAACUUGGAGAAAAAUUUUUUUUAUUAUACAGCAUAAGGCCAGGGAGGGUCAAGAAGAAAAUUUUGAAAAUAGUAAAAUAAGGACCUCCCUAAUGUAUAUAUAUAUAUCAUUUAAAUAAAACUCAACGUGACUCAACUUUUAUUUAAUUUGAAAGCUUGGUAAAAUUUAAGAGCUACCAUACUGUAGAAUUUUAAGUUGGAUCAGUUUUGUGAUUGAUACAUAACAUAGUUUAAGAAAGCAGAUGCACACAAACACAUUGACAAAAUCAAUUUACUAAAUUACUUACUAAUUUAGCAAGAGAGAAUUCCUUUUGAUUACAAAAUCAAACAACUAAGGAGUUUAGUUCAAGAUAAACUUGUGUCAUAGCUUAAUACUGAUCAAACUAUUGUUAAAUUGGAAAACUUUGUAGUGUGCCCUGACUCCUAAGUCAACUUAAUUAAUUAUUAUACAAUUUACAGAGUUGGGAACCAGAUUUAGAAUCAGAAGUUUGGCGUUCUGCAUUUGAAACAGAAUUUACAUUAUAUACAUCACUGCAUUACAAACAUGGGACUUGUAGUAUUUUUUCAAAGAGAGAAGGUAUUUUAACUAUUAUAACAGUUUGCAUUGAGGAUCAUGAAUUUCAAGCUAAAAAUUUUUGGUUAGUAAAUGAUGUAGGGAUUAUUUAUUAUAUUUUGAUGAUGGUUAUUAAUGUUUAAUAUUAUUAUUGGAUUUAAAGGAAUGGCCGUUGGAGAUCUCAAUGGAUUUUUACAGUUGGGCCAAAUAAUAUUGAUAUAUUUGGAUUUUUACGAAUUCAUAUACAUUAUUAUGAAAAUGGUAAUGUUCAACUUGUUGCUUCUAGAGAAAUAAAAGAUUCCAUUACAUUUACAGUAAGCUUUAUUUAUUUAUAUAUAUUAAUUUAAUCUAAUUUAUAUUUUUAUGGUAACAUUUGUUUUUCAGUCUGAAGAAUUAGCAAUUAAAGAUGUUUUGAAAAUAACAGAAACUGCAGAAAAUGAGUACCAGAUAGCUAUUACAGAAAAUUAUCAAGCUAUGUCAGAAACUACAUUCAAGGCACUACGUCGCCAAUUGCCAGUGACUAGAACAAAAAUUGAUUGGAACAAAAUUAUUUCUUACAGCAUAGCUAAAGAGUUUAAAACUCAAUGACCAAUCAAACUUUUAAUAGUCUUUGUUUUAUUUUUAUGAUGCAAUAGACUCAUUUGGUAAGUUAUUACACUUGCUGAAAUAUUUAAAUAUUUUGAGAAACCAGAUAUUAUCCCUUAUAAUAAUAAAGUUUUUACCUUUCAGUCCAUUUGUUUAGGUAAAUAUUGUACACAAAAAUAGUUUAAAAUUGCACUCCUCCCUCCUAUUUAUUUCUUUUUUAAUUUUCAAAUCUAUGGAAGUAAAAUUUAAAUAUUUUAAUUUAUUAAUUUUGUUUAGUUUAAAAUAGUGGUAUUAAUCCACUAAUAUUAAAAGUAUUCAAUCUUAUUUUAAUUGGUUAAACUGUUAUGAAAUUUAAUAUUAUUAAUGAUUUAACCCAAUUUAGAAUUUAAUCAAUUCUAAAAAUGUGUAUUAGUUUAAUGAAAUGUAUACAUUUUAAUCAAAGGAUUUAUGUUUAAAACUUAUACCUUAUUUACUAAAAAUAUAAAACUGGAAACCAAAAUUGUACUGAAUCACAAAUCAACAAAUUAUAGUCUGAAAGCUUAGAUUUCGUUUGAAUAGCUGAUAGUUUUUAUGUGUAACGGACAAUUUUAAAAUUUUUACUUAUUGUGUAUUUUUUAUUGUUCCUCAUUAACUAUUUAUGUUCAUAAUAAAUUCAAAAUUUUAAGUAUCAAAAAAAUCUUAACAUUGAGAUAAAUUAUUUUAGCAUAAGCUUAUUUUAAUUACUAACAUAAUUUAAAUUUUUAUUUUUUGGGAUUUAUGAUUUUGUUUUAAUUUAUGUAUUCAACCAUUUUAAAUUUAAACAAAUUAUUUAUAUUCUCAUAAUUAUUCUUGUAUUUGAAUUCUUUUAAAUUACUUUUACUGCUCAUUAAAAUAUCUAUACAAAAUAAUUACUACAUUUGUUAAUGUUGUCCUUUAAUUAUUACACAUCUCUUUCAUAAAUUUAAAAUUUUAUUAAUUAUUAUUUUAACAUCAAAUAAAAUUAAUAUUGUUAACAUUAAUAUGGUAUUAUACAUUUAUUAACCAAAAUGUAUGUUUUUACAUAGUUCCAAAUGUUGUUGACUGUUUUUCUUAAAAAAAAAACAAUGUUCAUGUUAUGAAUUGUAAUGAGUUAAAAAAUUAGAAAAUUCUUUAUUGAUAUACUUUUUUUUUUGUACAGAUCUGUAUUUAUAAUAUCAAAUAUUUUAAGUACACGAGAGAAAUUUUUGUUAACUUAUUAAAUGUAUUUAUUAUACUAAGUGGUACUUUUAUCAUGCUAUACUAUUUGUCUGUAUCAGUUUAAGUUUUUACAUUUUUGUUUUAUAAUCUGAAGUAUUUAUUAGGUAAAUUGCACUAAUAAAAAAAUGUUAUUAAUAUAAAUGGAAACCUUUUCUUCCAAUUUUUUUAUUUUAAUAGAUAGGCAAUAUUUAUACAUAUAAUGUAUUUUCUGUUAUAGUAUUAAGCAAAAUAGUAGAUAUUAUAUAAAAUAGUUUUGCUAGGGUCAAUAUUUUAAUCCUAUCUAUUUAAAUUUAUACUAUUAAUUAUUGUUUCAAUAUUGCAUGUAUGUAUCAAUAUUCUCAAUAAAAUAAUUUUUAUUAGAUUUUUUAUUAGUCAGGCUUAUUGUAUUUAAAUCAUUUAAUAAAACUUAUAUAAUUAGCUAGAAAAACAAUAUACUAUCAAUUAUUAAAACCAUAUAUUUUAUAAAAAUGAAACUCAAAAACUUUAAAGCUGACAUGGCAAAUUAGUGCAGUAAGAUAAAAGUAUAACCUUGUAAAAAAAAAAAAAAAAUUGUAAAAUAUUGUCUUAGUUACGAAAAGUAUUUUUGGGUGAAGGUUUAUAUGUCAUGAUAUGAAUUAUGAUGAAUGCCAUUUAUACAAUUGUAAAAAUUGAGAUAUUGUAGGUUUUUCAAUAAAUAUAUUUGUAAUAAAUAAAAAUGCAUCAAUUUGUGCAAUAUUUAGUUUAAAAAAAAAAAAUACAUUUUAUUCAGUAAACCUGAGAUUAGUUAAUACAAUUCAUGCUCAUAAAAACUUAAUUUUUCAGCAGUCCGUUAUGUCAAUUAUUAAAUUAUUAUUAUGAUUAUUAUGAUUAUGAUU